AUGGCCAAGCGUAACGGUGGUGGCACCUCCGGAAGCAAAUCUAAGGCCAAGCGGCGGCCGCGGCUGUACGGGCUGGUGAAGCAGAAGAAGAUGGCGGCUGCCGAGCGGGUGGUGGAGGAGAUGACCGCCGAGGGGCAUGCCCUGGGCGUAGUCGAGUACACCAUGCUCGUGCGCGGGUACACGGCUUGCGGCCAGCUGGAGCAAGCCGAGGCGGUGCUGGAUCGCAUGGCGGCGGCAAAUGUGGCGCCGAAUGACGUCACCUUUAACACCCUCAUGCAGGGCUACGCGUCGCGCAAGCGCAUGGACGCUGCCGAGGCCGUCGCCCGCCGCAUGGUCCGCUCAGGCAUUCCCAUGGACCACUACUCGUUCAACAUUCUUCUGGGCGGCUACAUUGAGGCCCAUGCCAUCGAGGCUGCUGAGGAGCUGGUGUGCUCCCGGAUGCCGGCCGCUGGCGUGGCCUACGACCCGGUCACCUUUACCCAGCUCCUCCGCGGCUACGUGCUCAUUCGCGACAUUUCGUCAGCCGAGAAUGUACUUAAGCGGAUGCGGGCUGCCGGGCUCGACCCCGAGUGUAUGACGUACAACAACCUCGCACAGGGCUACACUGCCGAGAAGCGGAUGGACCUCGCCGAGGACGCGGUCAACCGCAUGAUUGCUGCCGGCAUUGCCCCGAACAACUACACGUACAACAUCAUUCUGCAGGGCUACACCCGCUCGCGCGACAUGACCACCGCCGAGGACGUUGUUGCCCGCAUGCGUGCUGCCGGCCUCUCGCCCGACCGCUUCACCUACUCGGCCUUGGUUCGCGGCUACGUCGAGGUCGGCCAUGGCGACGCUGCUCGUGGCUGCGUUGCCGAGGCCCACGAGGCCGGCGUCCGCCUCGACCACAACAUCAUGAAACUGGCCGCAAAGGCCCGCAAUCGCAAGGGCGGCAAUGUUAAGAGCGGCAAGCAGGGCAAGCCGAGCAGCUCGUCCAAGAGCAAGAAGAAGAGCAAGCGCCCAAAGUCGCCGCGCGACUCGAUUGCUGCCGGCGGCGGCUCUUCGACCCGCGACGAUGCGAGCGACGGCAAGUUCGCCGGCUGGGGCCCACGGAGCGGGCCUCCUCUCCGCACCUCGGCCGCUGCUCCGGCCGCCGCUAACCCGCCGGUCUCGGCCGCUGCCAACAUAUCUAAGCUCGUCCGCCAGCAGCGGCUCGACGACGCUGUGCUGGUGCUGGAGGCCAAGCUGGCAGCCGGCAAGCCUGCCGCGCUUGCGUACUACACCCAGGUUGUGCGCGGCUUUGUGCGCGCCGGGCGGACCGACGAUGCGUCGGACCUUGUCCGCAGCAUGCCCGAGCACGGCGUGCAGGCCGACGUCGUCACCUUUACCGCCCUUGUUCAGGGCUACAUGGACGAGGGUAUUCCGGCCGCCGCCGAGGAGGCCGUUGAGUGGAUGCUCGCUGUGGGUAUUGUGCCCAAGACCCACACCUACAACGUCCUCAUCCGCGGCUACAUCAACGGCGGCAACCUCCGCGCAGCAUCCGGUGUCAUUCUCCGCAUGCGCGCUAAUGGCUGCCAGCCCGACCACCUCACCUACGCGCUCCUCAUCCGCGCCCACCUCGAAGCUGGUAACCUCAACUCGGCCAGGAUGGCCUACGACGAGAUGCAGGCCUCGGGCAUUGUGCCUGAUCCGGUCCUCGCUCGCGACAUUGCCGCCCUCAAUGGCAAUGGCUAUGAGUAUGGCUACGACGCGACGGCCGCCGCUGCCAACGGCAGCUCCUCGCCGCGCUCGCUCCCCUACGCGGUGGCUGCCUCGCAGGCCAUCACACCCAGUCCUAUCCCCACCGCUCGCGUUUCGAUGACCCUCGGCGGCGCCAAGGCCAAGCUCGCCCGCGCGCUCAAGAAGCGCAAGUACGCCGAGGCCGAAGCUAUCCUCGCCGACAUCCUAGCCACCGGCCUCCGCCCCUCCGUCGUCAUGUACACCAUGCUUGUGGGCGCGUACGCGCAGUCGGGGGAUGUCGCUGCUGCUGAGAACGUCAUCGUCCGCAUGCAGCGUGAGGCGGGCGUCGAGCCCAACGUGGUGACCUUUAACUCGCUGAUGAAGGGCUACACCGCGGCCGGCGACAUGGCCGCGGCCGAGGACAUUCUCGAUCGCAUGGACUCGCGCGGCGUCGCGCCCACCGUCUUUACCUACAACACCCUCAUGAUGGGCUACACCCGCUCAGGCGAGAUGAGUGACGCUGAAGGUGUCCGCUCCCGCAUGCUCGGCCGCGGCAUCGAGCCCGACCGCAUCACCCUCAACGCGCUCCUCAAGGGCUACACCCGCGUCAAGGACGUGCCGGGCAUCGUCCGCUCGCUCAUUGCCAUCCACCACUCUCGUGUCCGCCCCGAGCCUGCCCUCCUCCGCAUCGCCCACGACCUGCUCCGUGACGCCGGCAUUGACCCCGACAAUCUCGACGCCCAGCCGCUCGCGGACGCUCCUGCGUCAGCGCCUGCGCCUGUGCUCGCCCCGCCCUCGCAUCUGUCCGCCCCUCCGGCCGCGGCCCCCUGCCACGCACCCGCCCGUCCUCGCGCUCCUCAUCCGGAUCCUCCACGUCGCCGCCCAUUGCGCUCCUCGAGCUCGCGCGCUCUGGCCCGAUGGCACUCCGCGACCGUGACGAGGGCGCUGUCGCUGCUCUCGUCCGCCGCAUCCUCAUGUCCGUCUGAGGCCAUGCGUCUCCCUCCCCUCUCCUCUUUCUCUUCAUCUCCUCCUUUUGCCAUUUCUUUGGGGGCAUGGACAAGGUAA